UCUGUUCUCUAUAUAAUAUCGUUUUUUUGUUUACUGUUGUACGUCAUCCUGUUCGUUCAACAGAUGUUCCUACAGCGGAGGAGCCUACAACAGGAGCUUUGUGAGUUCUGUCACAAACAUAGUUUUGGUGCGGUGGUCGCCAUGACAAUCUCUUUCAACGAACGCAGUGAGCCCCAUCGGCAGCUGGCGGUCUACAGCUCCAGCACCCUCUAUAGGGAGGAGGUAUGAACUGCACUGUCAUGCCCACUCUUACAGAAUAUUGACCCCUAGACCCCUAUGCACAUAAGAUGUGAGUUGAGUUUAUAUUUAUAGGGAUAGUAAGGAUUUGAUAGGGGUAGUUAUAUAAUAAGUAGUAGUUCCACCUAGCCCACUAAUAGACUUAGCAGAAUUGACCCAUUUUGUGCUUUCCCAAAUGUGCAGCACAUUUGUGUUCAUGACCCUGAAAAGUAUUUUAUAUGAGUUCAUUUUAUUGUAAAGAGGCCAUUUGAAUAUCGGUGUGAAUCUUUCCUCCCCUCUGUUUAAAAAUACAAAAAUAAUCGGUCUACUUUUGUGCCAAACUACCUAUCUUGUUAGUUUAAAAUUGGCCCUCAGAAACUAUUCAUUGGUGUGAAAAGAAAUAGUAUUGUUAUGUAUUAUUCUGUGAUAUUAAGCAUGUCUGUAAGUGAGAUAUAUCAAAGUAUUCAAUGCUGCCUGUUGCUAUUAUUAGCGUGCUUUUCCUUUUGGGCAAAUGCAGGCAUGACAAUUUGAGAAUAUUAGUCAAUGUUAAAAAGGCAACAAUGAAAUAGCAAUACACUGUGUGUUUCUCAUUCUGCUAUAGGUGAGCCAAGCAUUAGAAAAGGCCCGCAACCCCUCUCUAAGCUUCUCUCCAAUGAGCAGCCCCUUCAACGACAUCAAGUCCUAUCUCCAAGGCAAUGCACUGGCCUCCCGCAAGAAAGUGCUGCCUAUCCUCAAGGACUUCCUGAAGGAGUGGGACAAGAAGCAAGUGCAUUGUGGGGAGGUGGAGGACUUUGAGGAGCUGGACGACCACGUUGACCCCACAGGGUCGCCAGGUGUCGACGACGACGCCCGCCCCCGCUGCUUCUCGGCCUCCCGGCACCACCGUCGCCGCCUGCUGGGCACCGAGAACUCUGGGACGGAGGAGGACUUCCAGGUGCCGGCCACCCCCAUGAACAGCCUGGUGGAGGGCUGUCCACUGGACGCCGGCCUGCCACGGAUCAGCGCGGAAGCCAUUUUGGAGAAGUUCAGCCGCAUGGGAGGGGAAGCAGGGGAAAAUAAAGAUGGCAACUGGCCAGGUGAACAAUAACCUUCUGUUGAUGCCUUUUAAUUCUAGUGCCCCUGGCUGACUGCACCUCAACCCAACCAACAGACUAUAACAAGGAGUGUUCCAAGUUCAAACUCCGAAGCAUAUCAAUCAAUUGUAUGUUUCAUAAGGGACAUCUCAUAGUGGAUUAUAAUGACAAUCCAAAGGGGCCAUGUACAGUAACUCACUCACUGGUUAUAUAGCAAUCGUAGGUUUGCUAUCAGCAGCUCCGUUGAUAUUGACUGGAAACAGGGCCUGUUCAGGAGGAAGAAAACGGAAGAAAACGACCUGAAACAGGGAGGUACCAUCUGAACUAAGAAAUGCUUGUUUUUGUUUUCCGUUGCAAAACGUUUUGCUACGGUGUGCCCGAAUGAACACGACCCUGGACUACUGUGGCCAUCAAACUGAUCAUCAAGCAGCUCUUAUGGAUUCUUUACUCAAGUCAGGACUAACAACACCAUAGAACAUUAUGAAGAAUAGGAUAUGGCAACUGGAUGAAAAAAAGCCAUGACCAGUAGUACUGUAUCAAAGACUCCAGACACAAAUGAAGGUUGAAUGAAGUGUGUGUUCCCUCUGUAUCGCAUCUGAGUACGUGGCACUGCCUCAUUGGUUAGUCAGUGCCAUCUCGAAGUGUAGGGGGAGUGGAUUGGAAAUGUGGAGAAUACAUAAUGGACUAACGUAAUUAAUCUUUGAAGGGCCUAUUUCAAUGUCACAGGCAUUUGAGUGAAGCUUUAUGAUGAGGGAGAAUCUUGCACUGGAUAAUGACUUUAUCCAUUAGGGCAGCAUGUGUUUCAGUAGUCCUGGUCCUGAAAGGCCACUGAGUUUGCUGGUUUUUAGUGCAACCAAUCUAUGUACAGCUUCAUAUGUGACUUAUUGGGCUGAUGAUUGAACACAUGAUAUCUCCUGACGUGUGUGCAGAGUUUUGUUGGUUAGCGUGACGUCAUGAUGACAUUAUCACCAGGGUUAUUUCAGUCCCAGAGUUCUCCUCAUUGUCGGAAUCCAUCUGAAAAGGGGGAAGAAUUCACAUCCUCCCCACACACAGAGAGAGAGAGAGAGAGAGAGAGAGAGAGAGAGAGAGAGAGAGAGAGAGAGAGAGAGAGAGAGAGAGAGAGAGAGAGAGAGAGAGAGAGAGAGAGAGAGAGAGAGAGAGAGAGAGAGAGAGAGAGAGAGAGAGAGAGAGAGAAUGCAACUCUGCUGCUCAUUCAUGCAUAUGAACUGCCUGCCCCUGUUCAGAGAUCUAAAUAUACUCAGCCAGCAAUCACCUUUGCUCUCUCUCGCACUGACAUUUAGAUCACAAAACUACUUCAACUGUCCAAAUAUAUACAACUCUUAUGGGUAACUUAUCAUCUAGAAUCACCAUUGAUUAUGUUACCAGUGAGGAAUUAGCCUGAUCCGAGAUCUGUUUGUGCUCUUGCCAACCACUAUCAUCAGAGCUGACUAUACAGCACCAACAGAUCUGGGACCGGGCUAGUGAUUAAUUGCUCUGAUCUGGAAUCUAUGUCGUGUACCCCAGAGAGCCUCGUGGCGGUUCAUUUGAGGAAACAUUAGUGCAGAUGUCUGCUUCAUUAGCUGGCUGUAGUUGGGCCUGAGGAGUAGUUUUGAACUUACUGUACCACAGAGACGUGCAAACACACCCAGGCAAACCCACAUACAGAUGAAUGCAUAGACACAAACACAUUGGCUGCUAUGCAUGGCAAUGAUGUUAAGGCUGGUGCCUUGUCAUGUUUUAAUCGUUGUGGAUGUGGAGUCAUUAUAUGUCUGUUUGGGUAGACCUCUGUUCACUACAUACACUGCAGCUCUAAUGUUAUGUAGUUGGUGUGAAAAUCUUCAAAAUUCAGUUGGCCAAGUGAAACUGAGCACAAGACCCUAUUCCAUUUUAGUCUCUAGUCUCUUCCCUUGGAUCCUACCCUUUCAGUGUUCCCAGAUCACAAGAUUUCGAUACGUGAAAGUAAUAAGAUGAUGGCUUCCUCUGAUAGGGUAUGUGAAGCUGUCACCGUAUUACUCUCACCUAUCCAGUCCUUUUGGAUCUUGGAACAUCAAAUGCAGGGAGGGUAGUAGGGACAAAACUUUUUAUUAAUUUGUAUAAUUCCCAGAUUUGAUAUCUUUGACAAGAGAAAACAUCUUUAAAUGUUGACUAGCACUGUGUUGAACUGUUUAAUGAAGAUAGUAAAUGAAGAUAGUAUAGUUGAAGAUAAUACUUGAUUAUAUAAAUCAACCAUGCAGUUUCAUUGAUUUCCUCCCUACAUCACAGUGAGAAGGUAUGUUCAGUCACCUAGUUUAUAGUUAUACAAUAAAUGGCGUCUAGGCUAGCAUGGUAUUGAUAAUGAGUUUGCUAAUAAACAUACUCUGAAAGAUUUCUAUAUUGAGCCUCAGGUAUUAAGGAUUUGGCAAUCCUUGGCUUGUAGAUGUUCAGCAAGCUUAGAUGUUUUAAUAUUUUGCCAGCUAAACAUGCAUGAGCACAUUGUUUUUUGACAAUGUCAACACCAAUGUAGUGUAUAUUGUAUCCCAAAUCCAUUGUUCCCAAGAGGGGUCACAAAAAAGCUGAGCAAAUUAUGUUUGUCAAUCUUUUUUUAUCUCCACGUACCUUUUGUGGAAAUGUAUUUACGAUGCAAUGGCUCAGUGACUGUGCAGUUUAAUAUGAACACUAAACACUAGUUUGCCUUUUCAUUUGAAUGCCUUGCCAUGAUUACAUGUGUUUGUAUGCACUCUGGUGUUUCUCCAUGCGUUUAAGGUUUGAAAUGUUAGCUUGCUGGACUUGUUUAGCUUCUAACCAGGUUGAACAAAGACAAGUAAUUAACGUUUUUUUUUGUUUUUUUUUACCAGACUGGUUCCCUUUUUCAGUUUCUCAUGGCUUAAAUCCAAAGAUGCCCCCCCCCUCAACCCCUCCACAUACAGUUCCUUUCAGCAUGGGUAGUUUUAUGCUGUACAAUCGGGAUUUAACUUCCCUUGUAUUCAAGUAUACAAUAUGAAGUGUUUGCUGUGUGGUUCCUUUAUUUAAGUGAGAAAAACUGAAUGCGAAAACCAUGUGUAAGAAAAUAUUGUAAGAGAACAUGUAAAAAAUAUGCUGUUCUAUUAAAAAUUGAUUUUAAGAGUUUGUGUUGUAGUCAGGUUUUAUUCACGCUUCUUACUGAUUCUGGAUUAUUGAGCUGAUUCAAAAUCAUAACCUAAAGCUAAUGUUUCUGCAAGGCACUAUUGGAAUCUUUAGUGUCCUAUCACUAACUCGCACCCCUCCAGUCAGCUGUGUCAGAUUUGUUAUGGUGUGCUCUCACCAUUUUCCCCACCAUACGCUGUGUGUGUGCACGCCCGGCCAUUCAUGUCCCAACACGUUAGUGCUGUGAAAAAGUAUUUGUCCCAUUUCUAAUUUUCUCAACUUUUGCAUAUUUCUGAUACUGAAUAUUAUCAGAUCUUCAACCAAAACCUGACGGAACAAAUAACGCAACAUUUACAUUAUUUCAUAAACCAAGUUAUGUAAUACCCAAUGCCCCUGUGUGAAAAAGUAAUUGCCCCCUUACACUCAAUAACUGGUUGUGCCACCUUUAGCUACAAUGACUCCAACCAAACGCUUCCUGUAGUUGUUGAUCAGUCUCUCACAUCUUUGUGGAGGAAUUGUGGCCCACUCUUCCAUACAGAACUGCUUUAACUCAGCGACAUUUGUUGGUUUUCAAGCAUGAACUGCUUGUUUCAAGUCCUGCCACAACAUCUCAAUUGGGAUUAGAUCUGGACUUUGACUAGGCCAUUACAAAACUUCAAAUGUUUGCUUUUUAGCCAUUUUCAUGUAGACUUGAUUGUGUGUUUUGGAUCACUGUCUUGCUGCGCUUCAGCUUCAGCUCACAGACGGAUGGCCUGACAUUCUCCUGUAGAAUUCUCUGAUACAGAGCAUAAUUCUAAUUCAUGGUUCCUUCUAUUAAGGCAAGUCGUCCAGGUCCUGAGGAAGCAAAGCUUCCCCAAACCAUCACACUACCACCACCAUGCUUGACCGUUGGUAUAAGGUUCUUACUGUGGAAUACAGUGUUUGAUUUUCGCCAGGCAUAAUGGGACCCAUAUCCAAAAAUAUACUUUUGACUCAUCUGUCCAUAGAACAUUCUUCCAAAAGUCUUGAUGAUCUUCCAGGUGCUUUUUGGCAAACUUGAGUCAACUUUUUGGAUGAGAUGGGAAUCAAUGUGGAAAACGUUUUCCAACGUUUUACACCCAACUAAAAUCCAAUGUCAUGGUGAAUGUUUUGGUUAAUUUCACGUUGAAUUCAAGUUAGUUGACAACUCAAGGAUGUUUUGUGCCCAAAACAUCCUUGGGUAUAAAAUCUCUUAUGUACAUUUUUUAUGGACCUUUCAAAUCUACAGUAGGCCAUACCUUUUAGUAUCAGAAUAGGGGUUAUGAUGUUUGUAUGUGUUUUAUAGUAUAAAUAAAAUAUAGACAAAGUUUCACCCAUUAUUUUUCUGCUCAUGUUGUAAUCAUUUGUUUCAGUGCUGACAUUGUUGUUUGAUUCUCGAUGUCACACAGCCCAAUAGCCUACAUUGCAUGAUUACUGAGCAAGCAUGCACACGUUUUCACCCUAAAGCUGAGUUUGUGGAGUCAAUCCAUGUUGCCUUGGUUACAGGGACGGGGUCCACUGGCAAUAAAUACACCACACCUUGACUGACUCUCAGGUGUGGCAAUUGUGUCAGCACAAAUGACACUUCGUCAUGAGUUCAGCAAAGUCAUAACAUUUACCUCUUUCACUGAAAAGUUACUGUACUUUUACAAAGACAUUGAAAAGUUUGUCAGCCCGUGAACCAAAUACCAUCAACAAGGUAAUGUUACACAUUUGUUGCUUGAUAUUGUAUUAAUGCACAUGCAUUCCUGUCUCAAGUUUUGGUUACCACUUCAUCGCAUGAAUCUAAGCAAGACAAACUUAAAAAAAUAAAAAAUAAACUUGGUGAUAUUGGGGCAAUUUAAAUGUGUUCUUACUUACAAAAGUCAUUUUACAUUUCCAUUAUAAUACAAGCUUUGAAAAAUAAAGUACAGAAUGGUGAAAGACAGUGGGUGUUGAUAGCCUUGCCUUAUAUCCCGCACUACAUUUAUUGCAAUCCAUAAAACUGAACAGUGUACGUCUCUACGUUUACCACUAGAGGCCAGCAUAGGAACAAAUCCUUCAGUAUCCUAUAAUUUUACUUAUUACUGUAUGUCAAUGACAUUCAUCAUCAUUUAUUUUCACACUCUUUAUUCUUCUCAAAUGAAAAUAUGAAGUUACAGCUAAAGUUGCUACUGAGUUGUAAUAGCUGUUUGGACUUCUCCGGGCCAAAUGGUUUGCCGUUACUCUGACAACAUCAACUGUGUUCACAACUACUAUCAGGAAACGUGGCACUGAAAACCUGCACAGCAACAACAUGGAGCAACGACAGGAGAUGCAAGAAGAGGAGAAGGACAUGUACAUUCCCAGGUCAGAGGUUAUGGUCAACAGACUGAAUUGUCUUGGUUGGACUAAAUUCAAUACAUUAGUUAUAUUAUCAACAUACUACAUAUCCAAACAACUGUUUUUUCACAAUGAAACACCUCUGUCUAAUUACAAUUCCAUAGAAAUUUCAUUGUUGACCUUUCUAAACAUUGUAGGUCACCUCCCAGGAAUGCUCAUGGCACAAAUGAAGUCUCGGGGGAACCCCACAUUAGCUGAUGAUGACAGACCAGGUAACACUUCAAUUCAAAAUGGCAAUGUUGUAGCAUAACAGUCACUGUUAUAAAGCUCCAUAUAAAUACAAAUCAUAAUGAUUCAAUGUCAUGGUAGCCCCGCCCAGCAGCCUGGCUCUGAUGGGGCCCCGACCCAGGAAGAAACGCCUGGUGGCCCCUGGCCUAAGACUGACGCUGGAUCGCAGUGACUCGGCGGUGUCCGACGACUAUACCACAGCUGCCCUCAUAUCCUCCCCCGAUGACGACGACCUGGGACUGGACAUCGACUUGGAUGCCAUAGAAACGCCCUCGGACAGCGAGUCCCUCCAAUUUCCAGCGCACGACAUGGAUUUGGAGGGUGAGGACAGGAUGCAGUGGACAGGACAGACUAAAAGCCUUUAUCUUUGGUCAGUUUCUUCACUCUCACAGGUCCAAGAUCAGCCCAUUAACUUAUUGAACCACUUUCACUUUGAUUAUAUUUUUCACAUUAGAUAGACACAAAUGUUGGGCAAUACAUAAUAUAGCUAUUCUCUUUAUAUAUGCUUUGUAUUAGGUGAUCUUGGCCCCAUAAAUAUAAUCUAUUGUUAACAGUACACAACCACUCUCUGUCUAUGCAUUGUGUUAUCUACAGUACGUUAUGGGAAAUUGACCAUUGAAACAUUAUUCCCAUUCACAGAUUACCUGCUUUGUCUGGGAGUGGCAUCACGUUGCCAUAAGGCCCGUGGGUCAAUACCAGAGCAGAUGGGAGUGGGCUGUCUUGACCAAGACCAGGUGGACAGCCAGGACACUAGGUGGCGCCGGUUCUGCACGGGAGACCCUCCUCAGGAGAGUCUGGUCAACAUGAGUGUACUGGAGCCUUACCUUAUGGUCUUGUCCCAUGGGGGUUAGUCCAGAAUCCCAGCACUCACUUAACCUGUUGCACUUGCCUAUCGGACAUUAUGCGAGAAUGUGAGCUUUUCUCAGGCCAAUGGAAUUCGGCUAAUGUGAGCGUUUGUUGUGAGAUCAACUUGGAUGCAUCUUUAUUUUUCCCUUAUCCAAAUGUUAUUUUCCUUCCAGGUUACUAUGGAGAUGGGUCUAAUGACCUCAUUGUGUUCUCUUCUUGCUAUCUCCCUGAAAACACCAUGGAGAACUACCAGCAUGUCAUGGACAACCUAUUCAGGUGUUAGUGCUAAUUGAAGAGAAGCCACAGUCUUAGUAAAACAUUAUCUAAAUUGGCCACUCUUCAGGUCAACAUUCCUAACCACAGCACCACUAAACAUUGCAGGUAUGUUGUGGGAACGUUGGACCUAAUGGUGGCGGAGAACUACGUAAUUGUGUACCUGUGUGCCAUGGCCCAGCGUAACAAGCUCCCCACCAUUGGCUGGCUCAGAGAGUGUUACACCACCAUUGACAAAAGGUUAGUUCUGUUUACUCAAAUAGGCUUAGUUUGUGGUCCUAUUUCAGAAAACUAUAUGCCACAGUGAGUAACAAAAGUCGUUCAACUUAUCAGUCUCUCAUGUCAGUCAAGUCUCCAAGUCUUGGGCCACAAUCCAGGCCGAAUACAUUGCAGUCAUCAUCUGUGCAGUCAGAAUGCUAUAUCAUGAUGUGGUUAGUGGAUAUGUUCAACAGCUAUCCAGGCAUUGUGAGAUCUGGCAGAGAGUUGGCAUGGAACGCAGCCAAAGUCAAGUCUCAAGUUAUUUUAUGCCAAGUAUUUAAGUCUCAAGUAAUCAAAUCGUUGAAAUCUGUCUCAGUCAGUGAAAAAUAUGUCUCAGAGUCGAAAAUCUACCAAGCUGGCUAUCUCUCAAGACUUCGAAGAAGAGCAGGAUGUUUUCUGUGUCGACUGUACAGGUGAAAACUGGACGACAAUAGUGCCUUUUGUCUAUUUGGCCUACUGUACUGAUCUUCAAAAACUCGUCAUGUAUGAAGUACUUUGCCCUGGUGACACGAGGGUCCUCCCCUUGUACUGGUGUUGUAUAUUCAAGUGUGCAAUUUGGGAUUUUCCCGCCAAAACCAUCUCUGCUAGAAGGUCCUGUUUGUUCAGUAAGACCCAGACAGGAACGGUCCUUAGCCACCUGUUGUUCCAGAUGAUAUUGAAGAGGUUUAGUGCCUCAUGCAGUUGGUUGGUCUGGCUGUCCUCCUACAUCAACAUGUCAUAGCUGCUGCUGUCCACCACAAAAAUAACAUCCCACACAUCAGCAAAACAUUGCAUCCACUUUCUGCUUUUGUACCUCUGACCUCUAACAUUAGAUAAAUGAAAUUCGAUACCAUCCACCUCGAAAAUGUCUGACAUCCCUGAAGCCUUUUUACUGUUGUUUUGUAUGGAAUGCAUUUUCUCCUCUGCAGUGAGUUUACAUGUAAAUAUUGCAUCUGAUUUACUAUCGUGCUUUGCCCAGAUUCACCAGCUGGCAAGUUAUUUGGUUAUUAUACUUGUCUUCUUGUGGCUGUUUAUCAAUCCUUUUGUUUGGUUCUCUCCGUGCAUUCUGAAUAUGUUGGUCUUUACUGCACAGGCAACCCAUAUUAAAUAAAUAAUACUAGAUUCCUAGACUUGCCAAAAUUUCAGAAUUAGUUACAUUUGUAGGCCUAUUGCCAGUUACAAUUAAAAUACAGCCUGUGGAUUAAGACCUUGACCGUAUCAGUUAAGCCUACUUCUGAUUAUAUGGCAUGCCUAAUUAGUUGAUAAGUGUACAUUUAAUAUAUAUAUAUAUAUAUAUAAUAAGUCUACUUCAGUCUGUGAAAUUAAGAAAAUGGCAAAGUGUUACAACAGACCCCUUCCUCCCCUAAAAUGUCACUCUGGGUCUGGCAAGGAAGUGUGACGACACGGAACGCAUCCUCUGCUCCUCUCAGAAGGUUGAUUCCUAGAACGUUUUCACUGUGAAUCCGCAAUGCAGUCAUCAAGCAUAAUGUAAAUGUAAAAGUUCAGCAAUAAGCCUAAAUGUAGGCAAUGUGCUUUCAAAUCGAGAUUCCCACGAUUUCUUACUGUGGAGACACACUGAAUUUUAGCGCUAUUCUCUAGAAUCAAUCGAUUUUCACGAGUAGCCCAGAAUUCUGACAUUCAAAACAAUGCAGUUCUGUCAAAGGCCAAGCGCAGCGGUGGCUAUAUGUUCCUCUUCCCUUGACCACAGCGAGAGUAAAGCAGAUGGAAGAAAGAUAAUUCAAAAUGAAACUUCUAAAACAAAUAUUUCCGCAAUUCCACUAUAAUGGACGCAUGCGAUCAUUACAUGAAGUUCGUUCCUGAUUCGAAUGUCUUGCUGUAGCAGCAUUGCCCAAAUUGUGUAUUUAUAUUAUUUAUUGCCCAACCUUGUAAUUUCCCCUACUUGGCAUCUGGUGAAAUAGAUGUAGGAGUCGGCUAGUGGUAACGUGUUGUUUGUGUAGAAGCAGAAUUAUUGUAUCAAAUGUGAAUAGACCCAGGGUGUGGUCCUUUAAGUCCAACUUGCUCUGAUAUGAUCUGGCUGUAUGCAAAUCAGAGCAAACACUCCACCCAAAACAUGUUGAUUUGUAGUAUUCUAUGGUCCAUACAAAUACAUUAUAUAAUUAUUAUAUAAUUGUAUAACAUCAUAUUUUAUUUUACUCAGCUGGGCAAUUUGUUGUAUGAAUGAUAGUGUCCCUCCUCAAAGUCAAGUCAGUCAAGUAGUUGAUUAGUCUGGCUAACGCCUAACACUCGAUGUCCUCCUGAGUCUGGAAUGUCUCUUUGAUGUUGUCGGCACAAUGUGUAAAUGAAGGGGGCUGUGCUUUUACUGGUUGGCUCUACUCUGUGUCUUUCUCACUCAAACACCCACAGGCACAGCCACAUACAGCCCCCGAGCACUGCCUCUUUCAUUACAAUGUUUUGAUUUUCAAAUCCAAACAACAAGAGGUCUCAACCCCGAGGAAAAAAUAAACAUUUGAGAGAUCCAAUCAAAUCCGUUGUACCAUUUCUGAGCGAAUAUUGUAUUAACAAACUGCCUUCUUUGCAGACCAGUGUGGUCAAAGCUCUCCCUGUGCUGUGAGUCACUUGGGUAUUGUCAUCCAGGUUAGUAGCUUGAUCCACCAUCAUGACUGCUACACUCUCGUUUAGUGAAACAGAAUAGCAGCUACCAUGUCGAUUCUCAAGUCAUCAAAUUUGUGACUGGUCCUGAUCUAACUCAAGUCUGCACCUCAUUAGGUAAUUUCUAUGUAAUUACUAUUUAACCAUAUUAUCACAAAGUAAUAUCAGUAGGCUACUUUUAUACCACUACCAAUACUUUUAAUUUAAAAAAUGACUUAAAACAGUAGACAGUAAAAUAAAGCAUAAACCUGUAGUUAAACCCUCAGUAAAUAUUCCCAAGUAAUGCCAUGUACUGUAUACUUAAACAAAUUGUGUAUGAGAGUUUGAAUGUGCAGUGUAGUAACCAUAUGUACAGUAUAGGAAGCAACCCACAGCAAGUAGCUGGCCAUAAGAGUGUCACAUUGGGCCUUAGCAUCCAACAAGUUCACAAGAGCCUGCUUUGUCACUCCUCGUUCUUCAGCCAGAGGAUGGCAUCAAAACCAAAGUGUAGUUAUGAGUUUCCUCCUUACUUCCCUCACAGCCAACCUACAGUUCUCAGGCUAGGAGGAAGUAGAUUCCAGGGACGUGUUCAUUAGGCACCAAAUGGAAGAAAAUGGACUGAAACAGGUACGGACUACAUCGACUUGUCCAAAUAAAACACUCACAUAUUAGUUUACCAUUGCAAAACGUUUUAAAACGUUUUACAUUGCGUGCCCUAAUGAACAUGACAUUGUCAUGAAAGAGUGUUAUUUUUUUCAGGAUGGUUACAACAGUGUCCAAAGGCUUGUCUACAGUAUGGCCACUAACAUAAUCCCUCAUAUUUCCAGAAAGCUUUGAUGUUAUAAACCUCGACCUGGGUCUCCUUAAUCCUAAUAAUGUGACCCAGUAAAAGUAUCAAGUGAACUGCAGGAGGGAAAAAGCUGCUAAGAGCAUCACACUAACCUAGUAUGUUGUUGAAAUGAAGGUCUCAACUUGACUAUUCAUGUCCCUUUAUAUUAUCCGAAUAUACUUCGUCACAUAUCAAAUAUGUGUAAAGAUUUCUAGAGGUUGCCUAUAGUUCAGACACUCAUAUAUUUGUGAUAUGGUUUUGGUCCCUUUCUUUGAACAUUUACAUUUUACAUUUUAGUAAUUUAACAGAUGCUCUUAUCAAGAGCAACUUACAGUUAGUGCAUUCAUCUUAAGAUAGCUAGGUGGAACAAGCACAUAUCACAGUCAUAGUAAGUACAUUUUUUCUCAAUAAAGUAGCUAUCAGAAAAGUCAGAGCUAGUAAAGGGGGGGGGGGUGAUUAUUUAAAAUACUCUUUGAGGAGGUAGGGUUUCAGAAGUUUUCGAAAGAUGGGCAGGGACUCUGCUGUCCUAGCUUCAGGGGGAAAGCUGGUUCCACCAUUGGGGUGCCAGAACAGAGAGGAACUUGGACAGGGCUGAGUGGGAGUCCCAAGAGACCAGAGGUGGCGGGGUACUCAGGUUGGGGUGUACGGUUUGAGCAUAGCCUGAAGGUAGGGAAGGCCAGUUCCUCUUGCUGCUCCGUAGGCAAGUAUCAUUGCCUUGUAAUGGAUGCGAGCUUCGACUGGAAGCCAGUGGAGUGUGUGGAGGAGCGGGGUGACAUGGGAGAAUUUGGGAAGGUUGAAGGUCCUGGACUGGCGUGGUUACACGUGGUCUGCAGUUGUGAGGCCGGUUGGACAUACUGCCAAAUUCUCUAAAACGACAUUGGAGGCAGUUUAUGGUAAAGAAAUGAACAUUCAAUUAUCUGGCAACAGCUCUGGUGACAUUCCUGCAGUCAGCAUGCCAAUUUCACGCUCCCUCUGUGGCAUUGUGUUGUGUGACAAAACUUCACAUUUUAAAGUGGACUUUUAUUGUCCCCAGCACAAGGUGCACCUGUGAAAUUAUCAUGCUGUCUAAUCAGCUUCUUGAUAUGCCACACCUGUCAGGUGGAUGGAUUAUCUUGGCAAAUGAGAAAUGCUCACUAACAGGGAUGUAAACAAAUUUGUGCACAACAUUUUAGAGAAAUAAGCUUUUUGUGCAUAUGGAACAUUUCUGGGAUUUUGUAUUUCAGCUCAUGAAACAUGGGACCAACACUUUACCUGUUACGUUUAUAUUUUUGUUCAGUAUAGUUGACAAAGCUACAACAGAGCAAAAUGAGAAUCUGAAAAUGACCUAGUAAGAUAAUCAAGUGAGAGAGUGGUGUGGAGCCGUCCUCUCUUUUUUUACAUUUACAUUUUAGUCAUUUAGCAGACACUCUUAUCCAGAGCGACUUACAGUUAGUGCAUACAUUAUUUUAUCGAACCCACAACCCUGGCGUUGCAAACGCCAUGCUCUACCAACUGAGCUACAUCCCCUGCUGGCCAUUCCCUCCCCUACCCUGGACGACGCUGGGCCAAUUGUGCGCGCCGCCCCUUGGGUCUCCCGGUCGCGGCCGGCUACGACAGAGCCUGGAUUCAAACCAGGAUCUCUAGUGGCACAGCUAGCACUGCGAUGCAGUGCCUUAGACCACUGCGCCACUCAGGGCCUUUUUCCUCGAAUAACGCCACAGAGGAACUCGGCAGAACCGUCUUUGUUUCGGCGACGGUACCUCUGCUGACAUGACCGCCACUUACUGCUGCCGCUGAUAAAACAGGGGGCACUGAAGUACUAACAUCAUAAUGUUUUACAUAGCAUGCCAUGUUCACUGUGUUUAAGAGCUGGUUUCCCAGACAAUAAGUGUUUGUGGAUGAAAAAGCACGUUCAAUAGUUCUACAUUGAGCAUUGAGCACUCACUUCCUGUUGUCUGGCUUGGCCCCUGUAAGUGAGAGAGGUAGACCCCUUUCUCGGCAGUUUGUGCCUGUCUGAGGAGUCACACAGACUGGGCAUCAAAGAACCUCUGGGGAAGAUACGGCGGCAGGUAGCUUAGUGGUUAAGAGCGUUGUGCCAGUAACCGAAAGGUCGCUGGUUCUAAUCCCUGAGCCGACUAGGUGAGAAAUCUGCCAAUGUGCCCUUGAGCAAGGCACUUAACCCUAAUUGCGCUGGAUAAGAGCGUCUGCUAAAUGACAGAUCUUUUUUUUUUUACAAAAAGAUUCUGGUCUUAUGGAGGGGUUUAAACUGUCAAUCAUGGUGAUGUGAGAGAGGUAGUGGAAAGGUAUACAUUGUCCACCCAACUUGGUACAUCAAGGCCCUGAUCACCAUCAUCAAGCCCUUCAUCAGGUGGAGGACCACCAUCCCCUGAGACACCAAGUCCAGACUGUCAGGGUUGCUGUUGUUUUUGUAGUUGUUGAAUCAAUGGGCCCUGUUACUUCAUGAAGCAAAAGGGACAACUAUAGAACAAUGGCCACUGUUAGAGCAGCCACCCUGAUCUAGCAGCUGUAAGAGUACAAAUCUUAAUUGUGUAUUUAUUUGAUCUAAAUCAUGCUGUCCACUACUGGAUCUUUAUUUUUGACAUGUUGGCUCUGUGUCGUCACGUGAAACUAAUGGCUUCUGAUCCCGUCAUCCUCACAGCUCCAAAUUCAGUCGCAAGUUUCAGUUUAUCGACAGAUUUCGGGAGCUGUCCCAGCACAUCCCUAUUGAGCGUGUGCAGAUCCCUGACUGCGUCAGACAGUGA